AGUAGCAAGACGUGCUAGGCGAUGAGGGAGAUGAGUUUUCCAUAACCUGAAGCAACAUCCUCCUGAUUCCUCAUUAAAGAAAAAGGCGGGAACUAGUCAAAAGCCGGGGAGUGAUGGGACGCUCGGAUCUGCGCGUCCCGCCCAUUUCGGCCUCUGAUUGGUGAAUGUCUUUGGCUCGUGGCAGAGGAGCCCGCCUCAUUGGUUCUCAGGCUCCAGAGCCGCAGGUCUCCAGCGCCGACCCCGCCUCCCCCAGCUGCCUACGUGGGGCGGGCAGCCGCGGGUAGUUGGGUGCCGAGGCGUCGGUGCGGAGCGGGAGACGGGCAUGGGGGGGCUGCGGCUGCUGGCGGUGGCCCUCACGUGCUGCUGGUGGCCGCAGGGUAGCCAGGGUAAGACCCUGCGGGGCAGCUUCAGCAGCACCGCGGCCCAGGACGCCCAGGGCCAGCGCAUCGGCCACUUCGAGUUCCAUGGUGACCAUGCUCUUCUGUGUGUCAGAAUCAACAACAUAGCAGUAGCUGUUGGAAAAGAAGCUAAACUCUACCUGUUCCAAGCCCAGGAAUGGCUAAAGCUACAGCAAAGCAGUCCUGGUUAUAGCUGUAGUGAAAAAUUAUCCAAAGCUCAGUUGACAAUGACCAUGAACCAGACUGAACAUAAUCUGACAGUGUCCCAGAUUCCAUCUCCACAAACGUGGCAUGUGUUUUAUGCAGACAAGUAUACGUGCCAAGAUGACAAGGAGAAUUCUCAGGUGGAAGAUAUCCCAUUUGAAAUGGUGUUACUAAACCCAGAUGCCGAAGGGAAUCCAUUUGAUCAUUUUAGUGCUGGAGAAUCUGGGUUACAUGAGUUCUUUUUCCUCCUAGUCCUAGUGUACUUUGUGAUUGCUUGCAUUUAUGCUCAAUCAUUGUGGCAGGCUAUUAAGAAAGGAGGACCCAUGCACAUGAUUUUAAAGGUUCUGACAACUGCCUUGCUGUUACAAGCUGGUUCAGCUUUAGCUAAUUACAUUCAUUUCUCCAGUUACUCCAAAGAUGGAAUAGGGGUACCAUUUAUGGGAAGUUUGGCAGAAUUUCUUGACAUCGCUUCCCAAAUUCAGAUGUUAUACUUGCUUUUGAGUCUAUGCAUGGGUUGGACGAUAGUCAGAAUGAAGAAGUCGCAAAGCAGACCUCUGCAGUGGGAUUCUACGCCUGCAUCCACUGGCAUUGCGGUGGUCAUCGUCAUGACACAGAGUGUUUUGCUACUUUGGGAACAGUUUGAAGAUACCAGUCAUCAUAGCUACCAUUCACACCACAACUUAGCAGGGAUCCUGCUAAUCAUUCUAAGAAUUUGCCUAGCAUUGUCAUUAGGCUGUGGACUCUAUCAGAUCAUCACAGUGGAGAGAAGUACGCUCAAAAGGGAGUUCUACUUCACAUUUGCCAAAGGCUGUAUCUUGUGGUUUUUAUGCCAUCCGGUUCUUGCAUGCAUUUCUGUCAUUUUUAGCGACUACCAAAGAGACAAGGUUAUUACAAUAGGUGUUAUCCUUUGCCAGUCUGUUUCCAUGGUUAUUCUCUACAGACUCUUUCUAUCUCACAGUCUAUAUUGGGAAGUUUCUUCACUUUCUUCAGUAACACUACCACUGACCAUAUCAUCUGGACACAAAAGUCGCCCUCAUUUCUGAUACUUGAUAUUUGUUGAGAGGAAAAGUGAAUUGGUUUAAAAGAGUGCAAUAAGGAUCCAAAUACAGUUACUUUUUUUUCAUACAUUUAGUAUGAAAACUUGAACAGCGAAAGCAGAGCACGUUAUUUAUAUAACUGCAUUUAAGCAGUACCAAGACUGAAAAAAAGGUAAUAAAUGAAAUGUUUUGAAAUAUACUUAAACAACAAACUUUGAAGAAAGUGUUGUUAUAAAAUGAUUGAAGCAAUUUCUAUAUGGAAAUAAAUGUGAAAAAUAACUAUAUGCUAUUUUGGUAAAAUAUUCACCACUUAUAAUGCCUCAUCUUAAUAGCUAACUCAGGUUUAAUAGUCUUAUAAAAAGUAAUCAGUUAAAUGAUUACUUGCUUAUAAAUACCUAAACUAGUCCAGUUAUGAAAUCAGUGUAAUACAUUGAUUUUAAAAACUGCUGCUUUUCAUGCUUUAAGGAAAUGCAUUUCAUAUUUGAGUUUAAAGGAACUGAAAUUACUUCAGGAAAUGAAUAUAAAAUAUGUUCUCAGUUAAAUAUCUAAGCUUUUGUUUAUUUGUGGGUGGAGUUAUUCUCCAAUUUUUUUCUGCUAUUUUUGGCUCUAGUUCAGGUUUUAGCUUGAUUAGCAAAGGUUCUUGACAAACAGUUUAUGAAAAAAUAAAAUUUAAAUACAUUACACGGGUUGUAAAGACAAAGGAUUUUAAAAUCUGAGCACUUAGGUGAAGGGACAAGCAGGUUUAUGUGGUUAAAAAGAAAGAAGGGAAAAGGUACUAUGUGAUACGGUACUGAAAUUUUGAUCCCAAUAGAAUUCAUUUCUCUUACAUUGAAUCCCCAAUCAUAAUUAAGCCGUAUACACAGAUUAAAUUAACAGAAGCAUUUCAUAUAAAUGUUGGUUUCAGUCAUCAACUACCCAUGAAUUCCUGCCCAAGGAUACUUAAUCAGGAUUAAAUUUUCUAUGAAUAAUUGAAAAACAAAACACUCACUGGAUUUGUUAUAAUCCGUGUUGGCACUGGAUUGUAAGUAGUUGCCAUCUUGAAUCCUUUGUAAUAAAGCCAUAUGUGUGCGUGUGUGUGUGUGUGUGUGUGUGUGUGUGUGUGUGUGUGUGUGUGAUGCCCCAGUAUUGAGUAUGCUAGCUAAAAAUAUAUCAAGUGCCUGAUUAAAGAAUUGCUAAAUGGUUGUCGAUAAUCGCUGUAUAAAAUGAGUAUUACCAUUAAUGGUCACUGAUUGGAAAUUAUUCUGUUGCUGUUUGUCAAGCUGUUCAGGCCUUUUCCUUUUUACUUCUGGCUUAUUUUAAAAAUACUUUUUAUCUACUUACUGUAUGUUUAAGCAAGAAACAGUGCACUGAUCUGGUAGUUAAAUUUUUCAGUUAAAUAGUUAAAAUAAUGUAGUGCAACUGAAAAAUAUCCAUGGCUUUGUUUUUGCUUUUUCCCUUGUACCUAGUCUCAUUGGAAAUGACUAGUAUUCUGCCUCAUUUUCAGGGCAGAAUAUGUGUUUGUGACCCAAAGUGACAAAGUUACAAAAUUCAACCUGCUCACUAAAUCAUAUCUCUUUUAGUUCUUUGUAAAUCAUUUAGUAAAUUAGAGCUACAGGUUAAGACUAGAAAGUCUGAGUUACGUUUUAGGUAUACAUGAUCGUCUGAGUGGUCAUAACCUUUUCUUUUAUCAUGACUCCCUAAUAACCCCAGCUAUUGUCUGUUGUGUUCAGCUGAGAUGCAAAAAAGAAAGUAAGCAAAGAAGAAAAAGGUGAAGCUUUUUCAUAAAUUUUGUGAACUUGCCAAAAGGGGAAGGGAAAAAUCUUUGUGUUAUUUCACUCAAAGAACAUAAGUAACUGCAAUUAACAUAUAUGAAAUUUAUUAGUCUGCUUGCAUUUAUGAAACUAACCAGUUUUUUAAACUUUAAUUCUUAAAUUUGUGGUUGGAAUUGCUGAUAAUUUAUUUUGUUAUUCAAGAGCCGUUGUUAAGCGGAGGAAAGUAGUUGUUAAUAAAUGUAUAAAACUGUUCUUGACUAGUAAUCAGGGACAGAAUUUAUAGUUCAUAAGUCAUGACACAGUGUCCCCUCUUUUUCUGAAUGUUUACACAGAGAUUCAUCACUGCAGAUUACAGAAGUGUAUACUGCAACCUCUAAUUAAAGAUAAAAAUCUUUUCUACUUUUCUUUGUCAGAUAAUGCUUUUUUAUGUGUUUUUAUGUUUUUGGAAAGAAGAUAAAUGGUUCAUGCAGAGCUUUAUUAAGAAGCAUUUCUUUUCUUCCCUUAAAAAAUAGAUGUUUAUUUUUAUUGAUGUAUGUAUAAUAAGAUGGGUGCCUACUGUGAUGCAUUUUACCAAGCAUUUUACCUUAAUUAUUACUAAUCUCUGUUGUAAUAACCAAACUCCCAUUUAACUGAGUAUAAGGGAGAAUAAAUGAUUUCUCAAAGGUCACCAAACUAUUUAGUUUUUCCAUUUUACCUUCAUGAUUUAAGGAACACGUAUUAGCUGUGUUUUAGUGAGAAUGAAUUGCUAUCCAUCAUAAUUUUCACUGUUGAUUUGAAUGUUAAAACUAGAAUUGUGCUAAAAUCAGAACAUGAGCUUGAAUAUCUGUAAGACCUCAGCACACUUCAGUAUUUGAACCUGGCUUUUAGCUAGACAGUAUUACUAGCAGGAGAGUUAACCUAGGCAGAAGAGCUUGCUUUAGGGUAAUUAUUUAUGAUCUCCAGUAAAGUCAGUCACAUCUGAUGAACAUAGGAGAUACACAAAUCUGAGAUCAUCUCUAAAAUAAUGAGACUAGAACCUAUCUAUCAACAUGAACAUGGGCUCCUUCAGCAUGUUUUUUCUAGGAGACUGCACGUUCUUUGGAAUUUGGAAAUCUGGAAUUAUCUGUGAAACAUUUUCUUAAAUAGCUUCUGUGGUAUCAAAUCAUUGAAGUUGUUUUUUGUUUGUUUUGAGAAUUGAUAUGAUUGUUAGAAGUAGCCAGAUCUGAAGAGGUAAUACCGUUUUUUAUUCCAAUGUGUAUUUGUGAAUUGAGACUAAAAUAAUGAGAUUGGUUUUCCUCUGUGAUCUGAAAGUAGUGUGGUAGAAGCACCGUAGCUUGAUCUCUUGCAAUAGCUCUCUAAGUAAUACUAUGACCUCCACACUUGGGCAGCCUUCUGCACAGCUCCAGGGGCAUCAUAUGUGUUGUGCUGUAGGAGUGCCAUGAAGCCUGGAGGGGGAGGAAAGAAGUGGUCCUGCCCACUAGGGCCAUUCUCCACAAUGUAGCCAAAACAAUCUCUUAAAAAUGGAAAUAAUCUGGAUGAUGAGCAUACAGAAAUUCUUUGUGCUAAUCUUACAACUUUUUUGUAAGUUUGAAAUUAUUUCAAAAAGUUUAAAAAUCAUAUAAAUCAGAUCAAACUACUACUUCCCUGACAAAAACCCUCCAUGUGCCUCUCAUUGCACUUAGGAAAAGAAGUCCUCGCUCAUUACUAUGUUCUGCAAGGCCCAUAUGAUCUGGUUAUCUCUUAAUUUGUACCACUCUUACACACAUAUCCCAACCUCAUUGUCCUUCAUCAAAAAAAGAUCUAGCUUAUAUCACAGCCUCAGAUACUUGGCACUAGCCAUCUUCUCUGCCGGGGACAUUCUCUUCCAAAUCUUGGCAUGGUUGGAUGGCUGAAUCCUCAUCCUUCAGGUUCUCAGCUCAGAUGUCUUUGAGAGAACUCACAUCAUCUGUAGUGGAUUUAUAUGGUACAGUUUAGUCAACCUGGAGAUAGGUUCCACAGAAUUCUCUUCCAUGCAUAAUUUCAGGACAAUGUAGGCCAUGAGAAAUGUUUGAUACAAGAUAUAGAAGGCAGAAGUAAAGUAGCAGCCAGAUCUGGAUUCUUUUUAUAAGUGGAAGGACCAGACAAGGCACAAGGCACUGUUGCAGCUUAUCCACAUUAUUGCUUAUCUGUUGGCUUAUCUUGGCCUGUGGGACAACAGCCAGGCCCACAGGAACACCAGUUCCUGCUGGAACGCCUCCUUCAGCUUCUCUGGCUCCUGGGCCAGGUGUGCCCUUUACUCUGAUAAAGGGUGCCAGCUUCUGCUGGACAACUCCAUCAUUCACACUGGAGGAUUGGAGGCAGUGAGAGACCUGUAUGGCUUCCCGUCCAUCCUCACAAGUUCCACUCAAUUCCCACAGGUUCUACUCAUCCUAGCAAGUUCCUUGCUUACCCCAUUUCCCUUCUCUUCCCUUUUCAACUGCCAGGCACAAAAGAAACCGCCUCCUAUAAUCCUUAUAAUAAGUCCCUUAUUUUGAAUAUUAAGAUAGGUAUGUGUGUUAGAUCCUAGUGAUUCUUUUCUGAUCAGACCCUGAUUAACAUGCAGUCCUAUCUAAUGCUAUUCCCCCAUCCUAGUUCUAUCAUAUCAUCCCUUUUUUUGUUUCUUGUACUUAGCUGGUUUAUCUUUGUCAUCUCUCAAAUUAGAAUAUAAAUUUUAAGUGAGUUUGUCUCUAUUGUUCAUUGCUGUAUGCCUAAUACUAGGACACUCCCUGGUACAUACUAGAUGCUCAAAAAUAUUUUUGAGUGAAUGAAUGAAGGCAAUGCUGAAAAGUUCCAAAUCUGUGCUUACUAGUGUAGUAUUAAUUAUAUAAUAGAAGCGCCCAUAGUGACUUCAGUAAUGCCUUGCCUAUUCUUUAUUCAAUUGUAUGGAACUUGGUAGUGUGUAAAAAUCUUGACUAGUCAAGUAGUUGUUAUAAAACAUCAAUUAUGAGAGUAUUUCUCAAGUUCUCACAGAGGCAGUUUCUCUUUAUUUUAUGUAGUCCUGUAAUAGGACCAUGUGUCUGGUUUCUUGGCCUACCACAACUAGAAGCACUAAUUUAAAAGAGAAAUUUCUAGUCAGCUAGAGGAGGGAAUGUUGACAGUAGUCAGAAGCAGCUAGGAAAAGAUAGGAAAACUAGAAAUGAUAAUAACACUCAAACUGCAGCAGCCUGGGGUCAUGUAGUGUAGGUGAAAUCAAGCCCUGUGUUGUGUAUCUCAGUAGACUCUUAAGAGAUUUGUUGUUCAAUAUAUUCAUGACAGUGACUGAUCGUAAUCAAGAAGAUAUUAAGUUAUAAAUUAUGUUCAGUAGCCUCUAAAAAGUAUGCGAAAACCUUGUAAUGUUUUCUUCUUGUUAAACAGGUAAUAUACACAUUGUACAAAAAUCAGAAAGUUGAAAAAGGUGGGAAAAAGAAGUUCUCUCAUUCAUUUCCCUUUCCUGGAUCCAAUCUCUGUUACCAUUUAUCUUUCUAGAAAUGGCCCCAUGCACAUAUAAACAUAUAUGAAACACAAAUUUUAGCAUACCAUUCAGAAUUUUGCACAUUCAGCAAUUUAUUCUGUAGUCCUACCUACAGUUGUCCCAUUUUUUUCACCGAUUGCAUAGAACUCCAUUAUAUGGAUGUACUUUGAUUUUUGCAGAGAACCAGUUCUGUUACUGCACAUUGCUGGUUUCCAGUCUUUUGCUAAUACAGACAAGGCUGAAAUUAAGACUGUAAUCAAGUAUUUGCCAAGGCUUCCUCCCCUGCUCCCAAAAUGCCUCCACUCCAGGUUCUAGGUCUAGAUCCUUGGGAUUUUCUAGGUGAUAGAAGUAUCUUUGUUAUUCAUAGUAAGCUCUCUGAUAGUUAUUCUAACAAGAUGACUCAGAUAGGGGCUGGCCACACCAGAAGACCAACCAUCGGAUUAGAGGGUUGGAGUUUAGAGUUGUAUGAUAUUAGCCCAACAUCUGAGGUGGAGAGAGGGGUUAGAGAUUGAGUUCAGCUUUGUAUAGAGAUUGAGUCAAUCAAUCAUGCCUGUAAUGAAACCCCGAGAGAAGCUCUGGUCAGUAACACUCAAGUGAACUUUCCCAGUCGGCAAUACUCUGGUGUGUUCUAGGAGGGUGACAUGUCCCCAAGAACACAGAAACUGUAUUCGGGAUUCCCUACUCCUUGCUCUAUAUAUGUCUUCUUUUGGCUGUUCUGAUCUGUAUCCUUUUGCUAUAAUAAACUAUAAUUGUAUGCAUAGCA